CUUUGCUCCCUCUUAUUAUUUUGCCGCCAUCCUAAAGGGGCGCUUCCUCCUGUCUCUCAGUUACGACCACUGCGCGGCGGCGGAUUCUCUGGUCUGCCCACCCCGGUGAUAACAUGGCAAAUAUAGACAACAAAGAGCAAGCUGAGCUUGACCAACAGGACAUGGAAGAUGUUGAAGAAGUAGAGGAAGAAGAAACUGGAGAGGAAGCAAACAGUAAAGCUAGGCAAUUGACUGCUCAAAUGAUGCAGAACCCUCAAAUUCUUGCUGCCCUCCAAGAAAGACUUGAUGACCUUGUUGGUACUCCUACAGGAUACAUUGAAAGUCUGCCUAAAGUAGUUAAGAGGCGAGUGAAUGCACUUAAGAAUCUCCAAGUAAAAUGUGCACAAAUUGAAGCAAAGUUCUAUGAAGAAGUCCAUGAGUUGGAAAGAAAGUAUGCUGCUUUGUAUCAGCCACUCUUUGACAAAAGAAGCGAUAUCAUAAAUGCCACCUAUGAGCCCACAGAAGAAGAGUGUGAGUGGAAAGACGAGGAGGAAGAGAUCUCAGAGGACCUGAAAGAGAAGGCAAAACUUGAAGAGGAAAAGAAAGAUGAAGAGAAAGAGGACCCCAAAGGAAUACCAGAAUUCUGGCUAACUGUCUUCAAAAAUGUUGAUCUUCUAAGUGAUAUGGUUCAGGAACAUGAUGAACCAAUCCUGAAACAUUUGAAAGACAUUAAAGUGAAGUUUUCAGAAGCUGGGCAGCCAAUGAGUUUCACAUUAGAAUUCUACUUUGAACCAAAUGAGUACUUCACAAAUGAUGUGUUGACAAAGACAUACAAAAUGCGAUCAGAGCCUGACGAGUCCGAUCCUUUCUCUUUUGAUGGACCAGAAAUCAUGGGCUGUACAGGGUGCCAAAUUGACUGGAAGAAAGGAAAGAAUGUUACUUUAAAAACUAUUAAGAAGAAACAGAAGCAUAAGGGUCGUGGUACAGUAAGGACUGUUACAAAAACUGUUCCUAAUGACUCCUUCUUCAACUUCUUUAGUCCACCAGAAGUACCCGAAAGCGGUGUGCUGGAUGAUGAUGCUGAAGCUAUUCUCACUGCAGACUUUGAAAUUGGUCACUUCUUACGUGAAAGAAUAAUUCCUCGGUCUGUGCUUUACUUUACUGGCGAGGCUAUUGAGGAUGACGAUGAUGAUUAUGAUGAAGAAGGUGAAGAGGCUGAUGAUGAGGAAGGCGAAGAGGAGGCAGACGAAGAAAAUGAUCCAGAUUAUGAGCCUAAGAAAGAUCAAAACCCAGCUGAGUGCAAGCAACAAUGAAGCAGUGUGUAUGUGGCCUUGUAUUACCUGCACUGUAAUAAAUUAAACUCAUAAAUUAGUUACUUACAGCCUUAUGUUUUGUAUCUUCUUGGUAGAAUAAAGUAAACAAAUUUUUGUUAAAAAAAUAAAUAAAUAAAACUAAACAUCUAAAAAAUGUUAAAGCUCAUUCAACAUAGUAUAUUAAGGUGUUCUUUCCUUCCAACUAUGUAUACAAUACAGAAAUACCCUAAAGCAUGUUCUUCACUGCUUCAUAGUUCUUUGGUUCUUGUGAAGUCUUACCAUGUUGCUAUUAGACUACAGCUGUCAAGAAUAUCAGGGCUGCUAGGAGACUAGUAAUUGUUUAGAAAAAUCCUAUCCCAAGGAACCAAAGUAUUUUCAACCCAGUAGAUUAAACAGGUUGUAUGCUUGCAAUAGCUGUGCCUUCAUGAUGACUUUGUUCUAGGAAUGCAGUUAUUACCUUGGAGAUGGUAUAUUUCAGUAACUACUCGGUUUGACUGUGACUUCAGAUAGCCCAUGUCCAUUAUCAUGUUUGCUUGUUUAUGCUAUGGGUUUUGUAUUUUAUGUGACUGUGAUCUACAAGCAAUCUAAUGGUCAACAUAAAGGUUAUUGUUUACCACUGGGGUGUGAAUAAAACCUAGUAUUUUCAGAAA